CCUCUCUCUCUGAUCAUUUUCACGGACUUGUCCAAGAGCUUCCUCGCCUUCUCUCACCUCGAUCUUCCUCCUCUUGCUCCGCUCGCAACUUCAGAGUCGAAAAUCGGAAGGCGUAAACAGUAAAAGCGAUGGAAACCCUAGCCUCCUGAUCGCAUCCAGAGCGAGAGAGAAAGAGGAAAAUGUCAGUCGCCGAGCUCAAGGAGCGCCACGUGGCCGCCAGCGAGACGGUGAACUCGCUCCGGGAGCGGCUGAGGCAGAGGCGAGCCUCCUUGCUCGAUACCGACGUGGCCGGAUAUGCGAGGUCUCAGGGGAAGGCGGCGCUCACUUUCGGCCCCACCGAUCUUGUUUGCUGCAGAACAUUGCAGGGUCACACUGGAAAGGUGUAUUCAUUAGAUUGGACUCCAGAAAAGAAUCGAAUUGUUAGUGCAUCCCAAGAUGGGAGAUUGAUAGUCUGGAAUGCACUAACAAGCCAGAAGACUCAUGCCAUAAAGCUGCCUUGUGCAUGGGUCAUGACUUGUGCUUUUUCACCAACCGGUCAGUCUGUUGCUUGUGGUGGUCUCGAUAGUGUUUGCUCUAUUUUCAACUUGAGUUCCCCGUGCGACAAGGAUGGCAAUCUGCCAGUGUCAAGAAUGCUAAAUGGGCAUAAGGGUUAUGUUUCUGCUUGCCAAUAUGUUCCCGAUGAAGAUACUCACCUGAUUACUGGAUCAGGUGAUCAAACUUGUGUCUUGUGGGAUAUUACAACUGGACUCAGGACUUCAGUUUUUGGAGGCGAGUUUCAGUCUGGACACACUGGGGAUGUACUGAGUGUCUCUAUCUGUCAAACCAACUCGAGAAUGUUUGUAUCUGGUUCUUGUGAUGCAACCGCACGAUUGUGGGACACACGUGUUGCAAGUCGAGCAGUACGGACUUUUCAUGGUCAUGAGGGAGAUGUCAAUGCAGUGAAAUUCUUUCCAGAUGGCAAUAGAUUUGGAACUGGGUCAGAUGAUGGAACUUGUAGGUUAUUUGACAUAAGGACUGGGCACCAACUCCAAGUAUAUCAUCAGCAACAUGGUGAUAAUGAAGCCCCACCUGUGAAAACCAUAGCAUUCUCAAUAUCAGGAAGGCUUCUGUUUGCUGGAUACACAAAUGGUGAUUGUUAUGUAUGGGACACUUUGUUAGCAAGGGUGGUUUUGAACUUGGGAUCUCUCCAAAACUCACAUGAGGCCCAGAUUAGCUGUUUGGGUUUGUCAGCUGAUGGAAGUGCAUUGUGUACCGGAAGUUGGGAUACUAACUUAAAGAUAUGGGCUUUUGGAGGGCAUAGGAAAAUAAUUUGAGCAGCAUAGUUCUCAUCUUAUACUGUGUAUCCUCAAUUUCAGCUCUUCCCACACCCCUUAUUCUCCUUGGUUCUCAUAGUAUAUCCUGUGUAGCUUUCUUUCUGCUGUUAAUUCAGUCUGAGGAACUAGAAUCCAGUGUGUUUCUUGUUGUAACCCUCGAAUUAUAAAAACUGGCCAUUUUAAUUGGAAAAAGAAUA